CGCUCAGUUUUGGUUGCGCGGCCGCUGCGAGCAGUUGUUGCUGCUUCCCCCUCUUUUCUUUUUUGGGAACCCCUUUUUUCGGCGCCCCCACUUACUCGGGCCCCCCUCGGCUGAGCCCCUGGAGAAGAGGAAGAGGAGGAGGAGAGCAAAGGAGAGCAGAGGCUGCGUGUGCGUGUGACCUGCCGUUAGCGUGCGAGCGGGACGGAAGGCAUGUGCUGGGUCACAAUGGCCCGCAAGGACGAUCCCGUGUUCAACGUGCGGUUCGUGCAGUUCGUGGAGAACCAGCCCUGCCUGUGGAACUACACCCACCCGGGGUACAGCAAGAAGGAGGAGGUGCAGCGGGCCUGGCAGCAGGUGGCCAAUGAGAUCAAGGACUCGGUGCGCAACUGCCGCGAGAGGUGGCGCACGAUCCGGAGCAGCUUCCUCCGAUCCUUGAAGCUGGCGCGCACACAAACGGGCCGCGGCAAGCGCAAAUACUACCUGUCCAAGUACCUGCAGUUCCUCAUUCCCUACACCAAGUCGCGAUCCUGUCACAAGCAGCUGCCUGCGCUGGCCCCCACCACCACCGGCAGUCCCACUGCGGGUAUGGUGCUCCGAAAACCGGGCAACGCCACAUCCCUUGCACCCAGCUACCCUGCGGAUGCCAGUCAGCAGGAGGACGACGAGGAGGCCAAAGAGAGCGACAGCGAAAUGCCGCUGGAUGUGCAGGUUUCCGAGGAGGAGGAGGAGCUGCAUCACCCAGGACGAGAUAGGGAAACGGCUGCUCAUCCAAGUCCAGACCAACCCACCGCCUGCUUGCCGCUCCGCCUCCAGGCAAUAAAAGUGGAGCAGCCCGCCCAGAAUGCGAAUCCGAAUACGAGCCCGCAGCUGGAGAGGAGCGUGAACCAUCAGUCGCUGGUCACAGUGCCCGCCGCCGCCCUGGGCAGCCACCUGGACUGGACGGAUCUGUCGCAGUGGUUCAAGGGCAACAGCAGCCACCACCUGAGUCACAAGGUGACCACACCACCGCCACCGCCGGCCACGCCAGCCCUGGGAGCUUUAGCCGGAGGAUUGGGCGCCGGAUCGGGAGGCAUUGCCGCGCCACCGGACGCCGACUACUCCUUUCUGAUCAGCCUGCAUCCGUACCUCAAGGAAAUGAGCGGCAAGCAGAACCGACGAUUUCGCCAGAAGGUCGUCGGUCUCAUCGACAAUAUUCUGGAUAAUGUAGAUCUUUAACUGCGGUUGGAUCUACCCAUAAACAAUUGCCUUACAAGUGGUCCAGUGAUAAGCACUACAAUGAUAAAAACCAUUUAUUCAAAUUUGCUUCAAUUGAAAGCAAGGUCACACUGUUCAAAGCAGCUGACAAUUAGCUGGUACCUGAAGAAAAUACCAGGAUUUCUUGAAAAAUACGUUAAAAAUUUUGCACAACAACGACAAAAAUCUUUCUGGACCUAAAACUGUUAGGCCUAUAAAAAGAUAAACCAAAUUAUAUGAUAAAAAAAUCUAUUUGUCCAUUUCAAAUCUAUGGAAUCAUUUCAAAUUAUAUUCUCGGUGAAUUGCUGGCCAUUAUAUUUCUACCUUCUAGGCAAAACACUUAGAUUAUAGUUAUUUAUGUCUAAGAUAAGUGAAUGUAAAUGGGAUUUAUUCUUUAUUCGCUAAAACUGAUUCGAAACUUUGUAAGGACCACAUUGAUAAGCAGGUAAAUCGCACUUUUGUGAUUUUCUGAGUAAAAACCACAAAAACAAGGACGAAUUGAUAGAAAACACACCCAGAGAAGCGCCGACAGUGCCCAUUUAUUAAAUGUAUAGAGUAUAGAGCGUACUUUACUGCGCUUUUUAUUGUUGUUAAACACACAAACACCAAUUUGUUAUUUGUAAAAUAAAUAAUAUACAAAAAUUUAA